AUGGUUGUCCAGCAGUUGCUACCCCCGCAUGCCAUCAGCCUCCACCACGCCAGUUGCCUCAAGCUGUACUCCGAAGCGGGUCGUGACGUUGCCGAGGAUCUCCUCGAGCAGGUUGCCUUUGGAGAUAGUGGGUUCCAUGUUGAAGCUCUCAAGGAGAUCCGAGACAACGCCGACCGCUUCGAAGUUCGUGUGCAGUGGCUGGGGUUGGAUGAGGCAUCCUGUGAGCCUGCAACGACCUUAUGGAACUGA